AGGUGCCGGGCGAUGGCGCGGCCCGUGAGCGACAGGACCCCGGCCCCCCUGCUGCUGGGCGGCCCGGCCGGGGCCCCCCCUGGCGGGGGAGCGCUGCUUGGGUUGCGGAGCCUUCUGCAGGGGACCAGCAAGCCCAAAGAGCCAACCAGCUGUCUCCUGAAGGAAAAGGAGCGCAAAGCGGCCCCUCCGGCGGCCACGGUCCCGGGGCCGGGCCUGGAGCCCGCGGGUCCGGCGGAUGCCUCAGCUGGGGCGGUGGUGGGCGGCGGGUCCCCGCGGGGACGCCCGGGGGCUGUGCCCGGCCCGGGUCUGUUGGCGCCGCUACUAUGGGAGCGGACGCUGCCGUUCGGCGACGUGGAGUACGUGGACCUGGACGCCUUCCUGCUGGAGCACGGGCUCCCUCCCAGCCCGCCGCCCCCCGGCGGCCCGUCGCCAGCGCCCUCGCCCGUGCGCACGCCCACACCCUCCCCGGGGCCCGGUUCCUGCGGGUCGGCUUCCCCUCGCUCCUCGCCGGGGCACGCCCCCGCCCGGGCUGCCCUCGGGGCCGCCGGCGGCCACCGCGCAGGCCUGACCUCUCGGGACACACCCAGCCCUGUGGAUCCAGACACCGUGGAGGUGCUGAUGACCUUUGAACCCGACCCAGCUGAUUUAGCCCUGUCAAGCAUUCCCGGCCAUGAGACCUUUGACCCUCGGAGACAUCGCUUCUCAGAGGAGGAACUUAAGCCCCAGCCAAUCAUGAAGAAGGCACGGAAGAUCCAGGUACCAGAGGAGCAGAAGGAUGAGAAAUAUUGGAGCCGGCGGUACAAGAACAACGAGGCAGCCAAGCGGUCUCGCGAUGCCCGGAGGCUCAAGGAGAACCAGAUAUCUGUGCGGGCGGCCUUCCUGGAAAAGGAGAAUGCCCUGCUGCGGCAGGAGGUGGUGGCCGUGCGCCAGGAGCUGUCCCACUACCGCGCCGUGCUGUCCCGCUACCAGGCCCAGCACGGAGCCCUGUGAGGCCGCCUCCACUCCCACCAGGUGGAGCUCUCCUCCCUGUUGCUCAGACUUGCGCCCUGACGCCCUCUUCCCUCCCCGCCCUGUGGCCCACGGGCUGGCCAGCUGGGUGCCCCAGGGACGUAAUGAUGCAGAUAAAUACAUUUAUAUUUUUAAGAAAAAGCGAGCCUCCCCCCUCCCUCGCGGGGGCGGGGAGGGUCCUCUGUGUGUGCUCCUGGCACGUUGGGGACCCCAUCCUCCCACCGCCUCCGUUAACACGAUCCUGAAUAAAUCUUGAGAACCCUA